AUGAACUCCUUUAUAGUUAUAAUUAUACUAACUCUAACCCUCUCAUCUAUUAUAGCUCUUCUAGCAUUUUGAUUACCGAUUAUGAAACCAGACAGUGAAAAACUCUCUCCAUACGAAUGCGGAUUCGACCCACAAGGAUCAGCCCGUCUACCCUUCUCUCUUCGAUUCUUCUUAGUAGCAAUCCUAUUCUUAUUGUUCGACUUAGAAAUCGCCCUCCUUCUUCCAUCCCCAUGAGCAACUAAUAUUUCCAACCCAGAGUUCACCCUUCUCUGAGCUUCUUUAUUUGUUUUACUUCUUACACUAGGACUAAUCUAUGAAUGACUACAAGGAGGACUUGACUGAGCAGAGUAA